UGCAAAGGAAUGGAAGGCCAGUACGUAACCAUUGUGAUUCGUGGAAGAGCAGAAUUCCUGACUCUCUGCGAGGUGGAAGUCACCGUUCAGCCUUCAGGUACUAUUAAUAUUGCUAAAGGUGGAAAAGUGACUCAGUCCUCAAUUGCUUUCUAUGGCUAUCCUCAAAGGGCCGUAGAUGGAAAUCUUGCCAGCUCAUAUACCCAGAAGUCCUGUACCCACACGAGAAAACAACGAAACCCAUGGUGGAGACUGGACCUUCAAAAGACAUAUAGGAUCAACACUGUCACCAUCACCAACAGGAAAGAUUGUUGCUCCGAUAGGAUCAAUGGUGCUGAGAUCCGGGUUGGAAAUUCCCUCCACGGCAGACCUAAUCCCAUAUGUGCUGUUAUCUCAUCCAUCGAAGCUGGGACCUCCAAAACGUUUGAGUGCAACGGAAUGGAAGGCCAGUACGUAACCAUUGUGAUUCGUGGAAGAAGAGAAUUCCUGACACUCUGCGAGGUGGAAGUCACCGGGACAGAAGCAAAAUAAAUGGAAUAUAUUUUCGUCUGAAUGUAGAAUAAUUACUCAUAGUCAAGUCCACUACAUUUUUAAGUUCCUGCUUCUUUUCCGAAACUAAAAUAUUUAAUCUUGCCUAAAUGCUUAAUGACUGUUUUA